AUGUUACAUCACAAAGCCCGCCGACAGGCCGGGGAGGCUCUGCGCUUUUUAGAUUCCAGGGGUCGGACGGUAGCGGGAGAAGCCGCUUCCAGGCUCGUCCGAGUGGGGCACGUGGACAUCGCCAGGUUCUCCAGCUUCUCAGGAAUGUGGCCGCGGCGCGCUUCGCCCAGGGGCGUCCCGGAGCCGAGACCCGGAGACCUAGCCCUUAAACGUGAGUGGAGCUGGCGCCCCCUCGAGCUGGGUGGGGGAUGGGAGACAGGGAGAAGGUCCGAACUUCCGUCCUCCCGGCUUUCUCCCCUGGAAACCCGGUAUCACCGGCGAGCUGCGCUCUCCUGCGCGGCUCCCAGGUUUGGCGCCUGGAAAUCUCCACGUUCUGCUCUCUCCUGCUCCUGGCUCCGCCCCAGCCCCAGCCCGGGCUUCCCUCCCGCCCGCUUCCCCCUGCCUCCCGCGCGAGCGUGCGGGGACAGCUCCGCUCCGGCCCUGGGCCCACGGCUGGGCUGCCCGUACCCCGAGCCCUUCUCGGUGGGGCUUGGGCGCUCCCCCGGGGCUCUCUCUUCGCUCCCUGAGCGCGGCCAGCAGUCCUCCGCCCGCGGAGCCACUCGGCUCUUGGGAGGCCCCAGGCGCAGCGCCGUCCGUGUCCCCACUUGGUGGCGAGGCUAGCAC